AUGUCCUGCUUCGGCGGCCACGACGAACAGAUCUACCUAAUCGAGAUACUGAUCGAUAAACUGACGUUGACGCCCGGUAAAAUCAAAGACAUCGCCGGGCAUCCUAUCGUGAUCAAGAUCAAGCUCUUAGAUUUCCCCGUGUUCGAGUUCACGCGCGGCGACUCGGACGCAUCCAGGCGCGAUCAGGAUGUGAGCUUCAUGAUCGGCAAAUGCUACAUGUUCAUCAAGCGACCGCGGGAUCUGGUCGGUGGGCUUCGCUCGACGUGCAUGAAGAUCGGCGUGUUCCGCGCGGGUGACACUUAUCCCACAGCGGAAAGCGAGCUGACGCUGCCAGGCUGCCUGUGCGACCAAAUCGGCAUGAUCGGCAACGAUCCUGAAAAUCAGCCGAAGCCGUUCGCGGUGAAGGGCGGUUUUCACCUUCUGGAUCCGGGCGAGAAUCCGUCCGGUACGUUACACAUGGAGCUCAUCGUUGUCUGCCUCGGACGCAGCUUCUUGACGCACUACGAACUGCAUCCAAAAUCUGUCUCUGGCGAAGAAGACAAGGAACGAGAGAUCUGCGUGAAGCGAUUUGUACCGCCCGAGUAUCUUUACGAGACAAUUCCUAAAGAACCGCACGAGAAGAUCACUCUACCGACAGUUCCUGAACGGAAAGCUAAAGCAAAAAAGAAAGGCGCUAAAGUGGUUAAAAAGAAAAAGGUCAAAAAGUGA